AUGGAAGCUCUCACCGAGCUCUGCGAUCUGGUCGCCCAGAACCCAGAUCUCUUCGCCGACAAGCUUGCCUGGAUCUGCGGCCGCUGCCCCCCUACGGCCAUCCUCCGAUCGCUCCCCUCCGCCGCCCCCGCUGGAGGCGGCGGGCGCGUCUCCCGCUCCCAUCUCCACGCCCUCCUCGCCCUCGCUCGCUUCCUCUCCCGCUGCCCCUCCCUGCCUCCCCCCUCCGCCCGAUCCCCCGUCCUCGACUUCCUCCGUGCCGCCCCCUCUGCCGCCUUCCGCCCCUCCUUCUGGCCCCAGUCCUUCUUCCUCGACUCUAUCGCCUCCUUCUUCUCCGAUCUCCUCCGCUACGCCUCCCUCGCUGCCGAUCGCUCACCGGAACUCGCCUCUGACCUAUCUGCCUUCCUUGGCGAAACCCUUAUCUCCGCCACCCUCUACUCUGGCGACGACCCCACCAUCGCCCGCGCCUUCUUGGCUGCCGUCGCCCAGAGCUGCCCGCCCAUCCUCCCGGCCGACGCUGAGCGCCUUGUCGGCUGCCUCCUUGAUCAAUUCGGCGCCCCCGCUGACGAGGCCGGGACGUCUUCCUCGGAGAACUCCUCGUCCUGGAGCUCCUCCGUCCAGAGCACGCCGUCCAAGGGGAAGGCCAAGGAGGAGGACAGGGAGGUUGCCGAUGAUGGGACGAGCGUGGUGUCCUCAUCGUCCAAGGAGAAUGAGGGCAGCGGCAUUUCCCGGAGGAGCAGCGUGGAUCAAUUAGGGACCACCGGUGGAGGAGCGGGGUCACCGGUGGUGAGGCAGGACGUCGCGGCCUUCGAGGAGGAGUCUGUCGAGGGUUUGGAGAAGCAAGAGAUUGCCUUUAGGUUGUUCGGGCAGGUGCUGGAUAGGGUGGGCGUGAUCAAGUCCGGGCAAGUGGAGCAGGUCAGGAUGGUGGCGGCGAAGCAGCUCAAAUCUUUGCCAGCAUUUCUCAAGAUUCGAAAGCGUGAUUGGAGAGAACAGGGAGCACAACUGAAAGCUAGAAUAAACACGAAACUUUCCUGCUGUCAAGCAGCGACCUUGGUGCAAAUUAAGAGCCUUGUCUCUUUGGAUUCCGAUAAUAAGUCCUCCAAGGAUGUCUUGCGUCGGACACUUGCUUUGCUCCUUGAUGCUGCAGAAGCAUGCAUACUCUCUUCGUGGCGGAAACUGAAGAUAUGUGAGGAGCUGUUCAGCACAUUGCUCAGUGGAAUCAGUAAGAUAACAGUCUCUCGUGGGGGCCAGCUGCUCCGGGUGUUGCUUAUUCCCUUGAAGCCUCUUGUGCUGACUACAUGUGCUCAGGCUGAUAUGGCGGGAAAUAAUCAGGGAGCAAUGUUUCAGACUGUCACAAAGCUAAGCUGUGAAAUUAUUGAGUUUGGCUGGAGUAAGGAUAGGGCUCUUGUUGACACAUUUAUCAUGGGUUUAGCAGCAUGCAUCCGUGAACGAAAUGAUUAUGAGGAGCAGGAUGGGAAACAAAAACAGGCUGUUCCUGUUGUGCAGCUAAAUCUUAUACGCUUACUGGCUGACUUAAGCGUAUCUGUUAAUAAGUGGGAGGUUGUAGACAUGAUAUUGCCCCACUUCAUUGAAAGUCUUGAAGAGGGUGAUGCUUUGGCUCCAAGUUUAUUGCGUCUCCGACUACUAGAUGCAAUAUCUCUCAUGGCUUGUUUGGGAUUUGAGAAGUCAUAUCGUGAGACAAUUGUUUUGAUGACAAGAAGUUAUUUAGAUAAAAUUAAAGCUUUUGGAUCUGCAGGAGACAAUACAUUACCUCCAGAAGCUACCACAGAGCGAGUCGAGACUCUUCCUGCAGGGUUUCUUCUAGUUGCUUCUCGUCUUGCCAACCCAAAACUAAGGUCUGACUGUCGCCAUCGGCUAUUGUCUUUGUGCUCUGAUGUGGGUCUUGCUGCUGAAUCCAAAAGUGGGAGGAGCGGAGCUGAUUUCAUGGGUCCAUUACUUCCUGCGGUUGCAGAAAUAUGCUCUGAUUUUGAUCCUGCUUCGAAUGUUGAACCUUCACUCUUAAAACUCUUUCGCAAUCUGUGGUUCUAUAUUGUUUUAUUUGGGUUAGCACCUCCUAUUCAACAAAAUCAGGUUCCAAUAAAAUCUGUUUCUACUUCAUUGAAUAGUCUGGGAAGCAUUGGUACCAUGGCUAUUCAAGCUGUUACUGGCCCAUACAUGUGGAAUAGUCAAUGGUCUGUAGCUGUUCAACGCAUUGCACAAGGAACUCCGCCUCUGGUUGUUAGUUCAGUGAAAUGGCUUGAAGAUGAGUUGGAACUAAAUGCUCUCCACAACCCAGGUAGUCGUCGAGGUAGUGGCAAUGAGAAAGCUGCUGUAGGUCAGAGAACUGCUCUUUCUGCUGCUUUAGGAGGUCGAGUCGAGGUAGCAGCAAUGAGCACAAUUUCAGGUGUCAAGGCUACAUAUCUCCUUGCGGUCGCUUUUUUGGAGAUAAUACGUUUUAGUUGCAAUGGUGGAAUACUCUCUAGUGAUUCCACUAUGAUUAUGCCAAAAAGUGCAUUCAGUUGUGUAUUUGAAUAUCUACUCACUCCAAACUUGAUGCCAGCUGUGUUUCAGUGUUUGACAGCAAUUGUCUAUAGGGCUUUUGAAACAGCAGUGGCAUGGCUGGAGGAAAGAAUAUCUGAUAUAGGAGAAGAGGCAGAGAAAAGGGAAUCAAUACUUUCAGCACAUGCAUGUUUUCUUAUUAAAAACUUGUCUCAAAGGGAUGAACAUGUUCGUGAUAUCACUGUUAACAUAUUAACUCAGAUGAAGGAAAGAUUUCCACAGGUGUUGUGGAACUCUUCAUGUUUGGAUGCACUUCUCUUUUCAGUUCAUAAUGAGUUGCCUUCUUCUCAAGUUAAUGAUCCUGCUUGGAUUGCCACUGUACGCUCCUUAUACCAAAAAAUUGCUCGGGAAUGGAUCACUACUGCACUUUCGUAUGCUCCAUGCACCACACAAGGCCUUCUACAGGAAAACCUUUGUAAGCCAAAUGCUCUGCAAAGAACACAACAUGCAUCAGAUGUGGUUUCUCUUUUGUCUGAAAUUCGUAUUUGUACUGGGAAAAAUGAUUGGAGUGGUAUUAGGACAGCAAAUAUUCCUGCAGUAAUGGAUUCUGCUGCAGCAGCAUCAGGUGCAAAAAAUGAAGAUUCAGAAGGUUUCAUUCUGGAAGUGCUCUCAACUGCAAUAGUGAGUGCAACAGUAAAGUGUAACCAUGCUGGAGAGAUAGCUGGUAUGAGAAGACUUUAUAAUAGCAUUGGAGGUUUACAAAUGGGUUCACCACUAAGUUUGGGACUUGGUCCACAAUCCCUAAAAGCAAGGGUGCCCUCUUCACAAUCACACCUUGAAAAAGAGUCGUUUAAUGAACUUCUUCUUCUAAAAUUUGUUGAAGUUCUUCAGCAAUUUGUUGGUACCGCUGAGAAAGGUGAAUCGGUGGAUAAGACUUCAUUUCGUGAAACAUGUUCGCAGGCUACUGCAUUACUUCUUUCACACAUGGGUUCUGAGUCAACAUUAAAUCUAGAAGGAUUCUCACAGCUACUACGACUUCUUUGCUGGUGUCCUGCUUAUAUUUCAACACCAGAUGCGAUGGAGACUGGAAUAUUUAUUUGGACAUGGCUAGUUUCUGCGGCACCUCUGCUGGGACCUCUGGUCCUUGCUGAGCUUGUUGAUGCAUGGUUAUGGACAAUAGAUACAAAACGUGGAUUGUUCGCAUCAGACAUGAGAUAUUCAGGUCCUUCUGCAAAAUUGCGACCUCACCUCAUUCCUGGUGAGCCAGAGGCACCUCCCGAGAAGGAUCCAGUGCAAGGACUAGUUGCCCAUAAACUCUGGCUUGGUUUUUUUAUUGACCGUUUUGAGGUAGUUCGACAUGAUAGUAUUGAGCAACUUUUACUUCUAGGUCGAAUGUUGCAAGGAACCAUGAAAUCCCCUUUGCAUUUUUCUCACCAUCCUGCUGCUGCUGGUACUUUUUUCACUGCAAUGCUCCUUGGCCUGAAGUUCUGCUCAUGCCAAUUGCAGAGUAAUUUGCAGAACAGUAGAAUGGGGCUCCAACUGUUGGAGGACAGGGUUUAUCGUGCUUCCUUGGGGUGGUUUGCUUAUGCGCCCGAGUGGUAUGAAACAAAAAGCAAGAGUUUUGCCCAAAGUGAAGCUCAUUCUGUUUCAUUAUUUGCUCAUCAUCUUUUAAAUGAGCGAGUGGAUGCUGUUCCAACUGAUUCAUCUUUAAAAGGACGAGGACGUGAAAGUGAAUUGAGUAGCAUGACGGAUCUGUGUCAUCCUGUUUGGGGCCAGGUGGAUAACUACGCUAUUGGACGAGAGAAGCGGAAGCAGUUACUUAUAAUGCUUUGCCAGCAUGAAGCUGAUAGGCUUGAAGUCUGGGCACAACCUAUUAAUACAAAAGAAACCACAUCUUUUCGUCCUAAAAUUGGCUCAGAUAAAUGGGUUGAACAUGUCAGAACUGCCUUUUCUGUGGAUCCUCGCAUUGCUCUCUCCCUGACUUUGCGGUUUCCUACAAAUUCAUCUGUGACAAUGGAAGUGACUCAGUUGGUUCAUAAACACAUAUUGGAGAUUCGCAACAUACCAGAAGCAUUGCCUUUCUUUGUUACUCCAAAGGCAGUGGAAGAAAACUCAGUAUUGUUGCAGCAAUUACCACAUUGGGCUUCAUGUUCCAUCACUCAGGCUCUCGAAUUCCUAACUCCUCCAUUCAAGGGCCAUCUGCGUGUCAUGGCCUAUGUUCUUAGAGUUUUGGAGUCUUAUCCACCUAAUCAUGUGACGUUUUUUAUGCCACAGCUGGUACAGGCUCUUCGAUAUGAUGAAGGGAAGCUAGUGGAAGGAUACUUGCUUGGAGCUGCUCGAAGAAGUAACAUAUUUGCACAUAUUUUGAUAUGGCAUCUUCAGGGUGAGUAUUGUGCUGAGGAAUCUGGGAAGGAUGUUGGUGUUGCAAAGAGCAAUUCCUUUCAAACUAUGCUCCCUCUUGUGAAACAGAGAAUUAUCGAGAGUUUCAAUUCAGAAGCCCUUGACUUGUUUAAGAGAGAAUUUGACUUUUUUGAUAAGGUCACAUCUAUUUCUGGUGUUCUAUUUCCCCUACCUAAAGAAGAGCGCAGAGCGGGUAUUAGAAGGGAGCUGGAGAAAAUUAGUGUGGAGGGUGAGGACCUUUAUCUACCUACUGCUACUAACAAACUUGUUCGAGGCAUUCAAGUGGACAGUGGGAUUCCCCUUCAAUCAGCAGCAAAAGUGCCUAUAAUGAUUACAUUUAACGUGGUGGAAAGGGAUGGAGAUUCUAAUGAUGUAAAACCAAUAGGUUGUAUAUUUAAGGUCGGAGAUGAUUGUCGACAAGAUGUUCUUGCACUUCAAGUGAUAGCUCUCCUCAGGGACAUAUUUGAAGCUGUUGGAUUGAAUCUUUAUCUAUAUCCUUAUGGUGUUUUACCAACUGGAUAUGAGAGAGGCAUAAUUGAGGUUGUUCCUAAUACUAGGAGCAGAAGCCAAAUGGGUGAAACCACUGAUGGUGGUUUGUAUGAGAUUUUUCAACAAGAUUUUGGCCCUGUAGGUUCUCCCACUUUUGAAGCCGCCCGUGAAAUGUUUAUGGUUAGCAGUGCUGGUUAUGCUGUUGCUAGUCUCUUGCUUCAGCCAAAGGAUCGGCACAAUGGCAAUCUUCUUUUUGACAACAAAGGAAGGCUUGUUCAUAUAGACUUUGGAUUUAUUUUGGAGACAUCACCUGGAGGCAAUAUGAGGUUUGAAAGUGCCCACUUCAAAUUGAGUCAUGAGAUGACUCAAUUGCUUGACCCUUCAGGAUCAAUGAAGAGCGAUACCUGGAACCAGUUUGUCAGCUUGUGUGUGAAAGGCUACCUCGCAGCUCGGAGGCAUAUGCAUGGAAUUAUAACCACCGUGCUUUUGAUGGUGGAUAGCGGGCUCCCCUGCUUUAGUAGGGGAGAUCCCAUUGGAAAUCUCAGGAAGCGAUUCCAUCCUGAGAUGAGCGAGCGUGAGGCUGCUAACUUUAUGAUACGGACUUGCAAUGACGCUUACAACAAGUGGACCACUGCUGGCUACGACUUGAUACAGUACUUGCAGCAAGGUAUUGAAAAAUAGAUUGACUACUUGCAGCAGGUAUGUAGCAUUUUAGCUUCGCUGCUAAUGACUUCUUAUCUUUCACGAUCAUUAGUAGAGGUUUUGUGGCUUGAUGAGAUUGUGAAAAUUCGGAGUGUUGAUGGAAUGUAUCGUACUGCCAUGUAUCACGUCCAUUUGUGAAAGAAUAGAUUCAUGUCAGUCUGGUACAUUUGUUUCUCCACUAUAAAUGACUGGUACAAGGAAUAGAAACAAUAGAGGAAAAGAACUCUGCCUUCGUUGUACCAGCCACCAAUUUAUUGUGACAAUAAUUAAUCCUUCUGCAC